AGUUCGUGGUGGACUCUUUCUCUCUCCCCCAAUCAGAAGUCUUCUCCCCUCCACCUCGACGAGCUCCCCCGGCUCCGUUGAGCUGCUCAAUCCGAUUCAUCCAUCUCGUCCUGGCGAUCGCGCCAUCCAUGGUGACGGCGGUGGUGGAGUCGCCGCUGCGGCAGCGGCAGAGGCUCCGGUCGCCGCUCGGCACCAGCGGCGGCGGCGGCGACUUCGAGUUCCGGCACUGGCGCCCCGUGAAGCGCGUCACCGGUAUGCGUCGCCGGUGGGCGCCUCCGGAGAUCGAGAUACCGAACGGCCACGGCGUCAACGGCGGCGCCGGCGGCGGCGGUCCGCGGGGGUCGUACACGAGCCUGCGGGACAUCAUGUCGUCGCCCGAGUACGCGAAGCAGCAGGCGGCGAGCUCCCCCGACGAGGCCACGGGCAGCUGCGGGGACGUGCACAUGAUCCGGCACCCGCUGGUGAAGCACGCGGCGUACGCGUACCUCCAGCUGACGCCGGCUGCGCGGGAGGAGAAGGCCAGGCUGCGGCGGAGGCGCGGCCCGCUCUGCCGCCUCCUCGAGGGGUGCCUCGGCUUCGUCGGGGCGCUCUUCGGGCGGUGACGUCUUGUCCGCCGGCGAGAACCGGACAGUUUUGGGUCACAUUUGUUUCUCUUUUUCUCAGCUCUUUUUUCCCCCUCCAUAGUUCGCUGUUACUUUCUUCGCUCCUUUUUUGGUGUAUUUAGAACAGAAUUGACUUCUCGAGUUUUUGCUUUUCUUUUUGUAAAUAUUUCAGUAGGGAUUAAACACAGGAGAAACAGAUGAUACCAGGAAUCAUGAACUCAUGAUAAUGAAAAAUUGGCAAAUGAAAUGAUCUUGUACAGGAAGGAAACUAACACAAGGUGGAAAAAGAAAGAAAAGCAGCUUUCUUUUGAUCA